AUGAAGUUCUCUACUGUUGCUGUUACUGCUCUUGGAGCUGCUACUGUUGUUUCUGCUAAGGAAAAACAUGCACCAACAACCGUAACUGAAACUUUCUAUGGUAGUACCAACACCCAUAGAUGGGGUAGAUUCAACAAUACUCCUCGUUCCAAGGAACCUACUCCAACUGGUACUCACACCUGGGGUAGAUUUAACAACACCCCUCGUUCAAAGGAAGAAAAGCCCACUGGUACUCACACUUGGGGUAGAUUCAACAAUACUCCUCGUUCCAAGGAACCUACUCCAACUGGUACUCACACCUGGGGUAGAUUUAACAACACCCCUCGUUCAAAGGAAGAAAAGCCCACUGGUACUCACACUUGGGGUAGAUUCAACAAUACUCCUCGUUCCAAGGAACCUACUCCAACUGGUACUCAUAAAUGGGGUAAAUUCGAUAGAACCAAGAACCCAACCACUACUACGGUUUAUGUUGCUGAAACUGAAGCUGCUGAAAAGAGUAAGGUCGAUGCAAGGGACACUAAAAAUGGUUCUAACUCCACUACCACCUCUGCAACUGGUGGUGCUGGUUCCUUCACUCCUUAUGGACUUGGUGCUGCCGGUAUUGCUGCUGCUGGUAUUGCUUUAAUUCUUUGA